AUGUCCUCUCUCCGCCGGUAUGCCUGCCAAAGACUUGCGGUAUCAUUGAUAUCCCCGUGUCUCUCUUCUCAGGCACCUGUGCUACAGCAUGUCAAGCCGACUAGCUUAACCCAGACGCUGAGUACUGCCCAACAGCCUGGCAUACCUGGGAUUGCGCAUGCAGUCUAUCCUUCUCCUGAGCUUCCUACCGCUCCUCCAGAGACGAGGCCGCCGGACGUGUAUCCGCCAUCUCCAAAAGCACUCCUUUUGGCUCUACACCGGAUCCAAGCGGGGACCUAUACUUCAGCCAGCCAUGGCGGUCUGUUAUCAAGCCUGGCUGCGAAGCCUUCGGAAAAAGGGAAAAUAGUGUCAAAGCUGGAAGCUAGCCUGAAUGCGACCCGCCCUGUACGCAUUGAAUAUUCACUCCUGGUUGCUAGAUAUCUGCAUCUGAUAUACCCGUUACUGAGGACAGACGUGGCGCGAGCUAGCGAUCUAGACAAUGCUCUCCUCCAGGUGUUUGAUGAUGAUGCAUUGGCAUAUUUGUCGAAGAGAGGGUAUUCUGCGGGCGAUGUGAUGGCUUGGGCGUGGGUACUGGCCACACCAGAUGCACAUCUGGCUGUCAUGCGGUACCAGAUAUUGGCAGAGGAGGCCCCAGUGCCCAUGUUCAUUCUCAUGUUCCUCCUGCGUCGAGUCGAUAUAGACGAACCUAGCUUCAAAUUUCUUCUGGAGCAAUGCCGGAGGUUACUGAACUCCAUGGUUCAGGAUGAACCUUCUCCUCUAUCCAAGGACUCAGAAUCCGGCACCUCCUCGAUACCAGUGCAGAGUAUAAAGGGAGACUCUGCUCUGGCUAUGACCAUCCUUGUUCGUCUAACCAACUUGGCGCGCAAUAUCGCUCCCAGGACCCUGGCCAAUAUAGCGGAAAUGUUCACAUCUACAUUUACUUGUCUAACAGCAACCAAAGACCUGGAUCAGCUUGGUCCCAAAAAGGCGCGCCGAGUAACAGAACUUUAUAACAAAUUCAUCCAACGUUUGGCAGGCUGGUGCAGAGUAGAACCGUAUCAUUCAGCCAAACUACAGCAAAAGGCAGUAUUCCAUAUUCUACGAGAGAUGGAAACCUUCAACCCACCGCUACCGGUCAACAAAGCAAGCUACCAGGCAAUCACUCAGAUCUUGCUAGCAGCCAAGAUGACGAAAGCAGAGAGGCAGUGGGAUAGCUUUAAAGCGGUCUCGUGGCCUCCGUGGAAAGAAGACAAGCUCGGAAUCGACGCAGAAAAGACCGAGGGAAGCAAAAGCAAGGCUAUGGAGUCUAUGGCUCAUAUGCAGCAGGCCGGCUAUCGUUUCGCCGAGUGGGAUAGAGCGGCAUCUGUUGUAGCCGGCUGGGACACAGACGGAACCCCAACAAUUCAAAAGAGGACCAGACUCCCAGAUCCAAGUUGGCAGCGCUUAGAAGGAAACGAAUCUCCGUCAGAACCUCUUGUAUGGGCUGCUCGAAUCCGUGCAACCAGGACGCUUCGAGAGGCCUGGGCAUGCUAUGUCUCCUCUCAGCAGCAGAAUGUUCCUCUCACCGAACAGAUAAUCUACGAGAUAGUGGAAAAACUUAUUUCGUCGGAGAGAACCCGCGGUCAGAUCAAUCAACAAGCGGAAUUUGAAUCCAAAGCUACCGCCGCCUUUGCUCCAUCUGAUGGUGGUAAAGAGGUGUAUCCCGAGCCGACUUCACCUCGCGAUCUUAUAUACGUACCCUCAGAGCCGCCAGCGCUACCUGAAUUUCUACAGCAGACAUUUUCUCAGGAUUUCCCGCUACCGGAUAAAGUGCUGGUCUUGAUCCUUCGACACAGUUCUUCCUUGAAGCAGGGACUAGAUUAUAUUGAUCACAGCACUCUUACCAAGGGCCAGAUUUAUGCUCUGUUUAAUCCUUCCUCCCAACAGAGCAGAGAAAGAGUCGACGCCCUCAGUUCCAUCCACGAUGCCAUGUUUUCCGCUGUCAUACGAUUCCUAUGUAGAUGUGCCUCACAUAGUACCGUGGACGGGAUUCCAGACCGGAUGGAAGCGCUGAACGCCAUGUUCCCGAUUCUUCUACCACGAUACUCGGACUUGGAACCCAACCAAGGCCGUGCUCUUGCUCAUGCCAUUUUUCUCAUGGAGCAACGGAGGCCACGGUACAUGUCUGCCUGGCAUAACCUUCUCAAGGCUGUGGCUAUCGGCAGUCGACCGUUUCACAACUUCCACAGACUCGGACUUGCGCCAGGAGUGAACCGAGUCUUUGCCUGGGAAGAGACACUGAGGCUGGUUGAAUACAUGAAUGUCAACUCUGUAGCAUUAGACCUCCGGUGUAUCCAGCUCAUGUGCAACGGAUUUGUAGGGCUGGCGCAAACUCUCCACCUCCACCCCGGUGCCGUCAAGGCAGGGAGAAGGGUAGCGUCUCAUUUUCAAUUUCCAGGGCCCUCGCCCGCUAUACCGGACCGGCUGUUGACGACACAAACCGCCGAGGAGAUGGUAGAGCAUGGCCUCGCCCAGCUGAGGCUCCAAGUCAACCGAUUCCUCCCACUGUACCGGGAACAGCAAGCCACCGGCGCUGCGUCAGUUGAUGAUGCCACACCCACACUCUCGAGGCGGGCGCUAAUUCCGUCCCCUUCCAUCCUUCACUCGCUUAUCCGGGCGUUCGGGCGUGGCAGAGACCGAGAGACCAUCGUGGCGAUUCUCCGUAUUCUCCAGACUGAAGGACAUGAGCUUAGACGAGUGACCAACGAGCGGCGUGGGGGCCGCCGGAUGCUUCGUCGGGCGGUCGUUGCUUGUAGGGUCUUUCUUGAACACGACCCGAUGGCUCUGAGAGAGGAAGAAGCAGGCUGCUCGCAAGCCGAUCAGCUCGCCCACCCCCUGGUCCAGGAGGCUCGACGCCUCAUGGACGAGACCGAGGUCAUGGCUCCGUGGCCGUCGGACGAAGAGGUUGACGCUUAUAUCCAGCACGAGAUGCUGUAUAACUUCUACCACGACGAAGAGUAG